AUGGAAGCUUCAACUCCAUUCUCAAACAUUCCUAAUGAAAUCAUUCCGCAUAUACUUUUGCAGUUGCCGGUGAAGGCUGUAAUCCGGUGCCAGUGUGUAUGUAAACAAUGGCGUUCGUUGAUAGACGACUCAGAUUUCAAGCUCUCGUAUUCUGGACAACGACGAGUGAUAAUCCUCUCCCUCGAUUCCAAAAGUCAGGAUUAUAAUUGGAAUUCCAGAUUCUUAGGGCAUGAAUUGCCGUUCGGAGAAGCUGCUUAUCCAUUGAUUAAUCGUGCAAGCGACAAAUACCCUGUUAGUUCUUUGUGUUCUUGCAACGGGUUUGUGCUUCUGAUGGCUGAGAGAGAUAUUUUGUUGUGGAACCCGUCCACUAGGUGUUUGACGAAAGUGCUCGAGUCACCAUAUCCGGAGGAGUCAAAUUUGGUUCUCCUUGGAGGGCUUUGCUACGAUUCCUGCACAAGAGAUUACAAGGCCGUCCUAUCAAUUCGCUCCCUAAUAGGGCCGCUGGAUCGUGAAUUUGGCAAUCCAUUUGUCAUCUCUACAAGCCUCAACCACGAAGAGUGGCCACCAGUGCAGUUCCCUUAUAACUUCAAUUCUGCUAAUGGCAAUCUGGAGUUUCGCAAUACAUUUUACAGGUGGGCAAAUGACAUAGAGAAUUGGCAUUAG